AUGGCGGCGGCUCCUCCAGUGUCUUUCAACGUUGUGUUUGGAAUCAAUGAAACUCCCUUAACUCGCGCUUUAGAGACAAGACGUUUUGAUGAAGCAUUGGAGUUUAUUAACAGUCGAUACGGAAUGUGCUUGGAUGAGGGAUUUUACCAGAGGAUCCCACUUUACAUAGUUCUUUCUGGCGAGAAUUCUGCAGUUGAUGGCAAGGUCAUUCCAGUUCAUUUAAAGAUUGCACGGCGGUUAAUAGAAAGAGGUAAAAUAUAUUGCAAGAAAUGCUUUCACUUCUGAUGGACGUAUGAUCUAAUUUAAUUUAUAUUGUGUUUUUUUUUUGAAGUCUUGACAAUGUUUCAUUAUUUUUUGUGGCAUUUUUAGGGGCAGAUCCUAAUCUGAGAAUACCAGAGGUAAAUACCACAAAAAUUGUAAUGGUUAUAUGCUCUAGUAGAGUAACUGAACCAAUACAUUGUGUUUGGAUGUUUUUUAAUUACUCAGGCCCUGAAUGAUGAAAACUAUCUGGCUUACGUCUACUAUAUAUCCAUUUUACCUCUGCAGACUAGUGGUGCUGAGUAUGUUGGACCAGGAAGGUCACCUCUGCAGUGUUUGGUCAACUUCUACAAUCUGGUAACCAGCAAGGAUAAUAUUGUCACAGAAGAAGCUCUCUCCUGUCAUCAAGUAUUGUCACUAAAUGGAAAAGAUAUUAAGAUCAAGGCAGACCUAGUUGAAGAACUAAUAAAUGCAGUCUGGUUGUUACUCGGUCAUGGCGCAGAUGUAAAUGUUCGAGAUGCAGAAAUGAAGACACCUCUGCAUUCAACACUGUUAAGAUCACAGGACUUGCGUAUGGCACAGGCUUUGUGUGACAAUGGAGCUGAUCUUUUGGCAACUGACUGUCUCGGAAAUACACCUCUAAUGUCACUUUGUUGUCCAUUGCCGUGGCGUGAUGGCAUUGAGCAAGGUCCUUGUCUUGACUGUGAUGUCAGUGAAGCUGUGCAUUUUUUGCUGUCAUUUGAAAGUGUAAAGGUAUGUUGGUAAUUUAUUUUUUUGUUUGAACAAGCACACUGAGUUUACUCCUUCUUAAAGAAUCAGCAUGUCACAGUUUGUUCUAGUGCUGAAGUUCUUUUCUUUCAUUACAAGUCAGAGAGAAAAAUCAUAUUCAAAUGUUAAUUUGUAGACUGCAAGUAUUGCAGACUCGGAGUGGGGGGGGUACUUUAGGAAUUUUUGGGUGGGAAUGUGCUGCUGGGACCCUAGAACCCUUAGCCUAUACCAGAACUAGUUCAGCUGAAUUUUCAGAAUUACUUCCCUGGCUUUUACAGAUGAAAUAACAAUAAAAUAGUAUAUUAUUGUUAUUAUUGAUAAUUGUAUGUCUGGCUUUUUUUCAGUUUUAGUAACAGGUGGUGUUCUUUGAACAGGCAAAUGAACCCAGAAUAAAGGUUGAUAUCUUAAACUGCAAUAAUAUGAUUUUACGAAAUAUUUAUUGAACCUAUGUCACCAAAUUUUUUCUUGAUUAAUUCCUGCUAGUGUCCAUAAUUCAGUUAGAAUGAUUAGACAUCGAGCUUCUUCAAACCUGAGAAUUUUUUAUUUUUAUUUUUUUACAACAAUGCCCCACAUAGCAAAACUAACACAGUGAAUAACAAAAGAAAAACAAUUUUCUGCCUGUAUUAUUGUUAAUUGUAUACUAGACAAAGCCAUGCAGGCAGAUACAUCUGAACUAGUUAUAAUUAUUUCAUCAAGCUGGCAAGCACAUGCUUUCUGCUCUUUCACAAUACGGAAAGGUGGUCUGCAAUUAUGUGCCAGUACAUAAUUACUGUAUUUAGUCAAUUAACGUGCCCACCUCAAAUAAGCAUCCCUUCCAAUACAUAAUUAUUUUCCUUGCAUAUUAGUUUGUUGAUCUUUGAUUUCACGAUAAUGUUACUUUUUGUUUUGUUUUGUUCAAGAUCAACCACUGUGGGAUUCACAGCAGGACAGUUCUGUUCUAUGCCAUGCAGUCAGGCAACUUCAAA